CUGGGUUUGAGUCGAAACAGUGGCGGCUGGCAAAGUGGCCUUUCAAAAGCUCGAUCCGUCAAAAGGUCUUGAAUUGGAGGAGCGAGGUAGGAAGCAUGAGAAGCAGGCCAAACGAAGGCGCCAGGGACGUAGAGGUACGUUAGCCUCGUUUGAACACCUGCAGCAACAAGCUUUCCUGCAGGAAGGGGGCGGUGGUAGAGAAUAAACAAAUAGGAGACCAGCUAGAACGUCCCGCAAGAUCUUGGUGGCCGUCAUGAAGAUUCCUCGACGAGCAAAGCCCUCUCGUCAAGGCCUAGGCAUGUCCCCCUUUCUUCUUCCAUUUCUUGCCUUGCCCCUCCUUGCCUGCUGGUCUCUGGGUGUCACAGCGCACGGUGACACCACUAGCGUCAUUCAGCAUAGAGAGGCCUUUGGGGAGUUGGCACUACACAACGCGGCAGUGAAAGCAGUUGAAGUAAUCAGCAAGCUUCCGCAGUGGCGGUCAGACGCGCAGGCCACUAUAGUUGGCUCGCUUGAGGAUGUGAAUUUUGCUAGUACCACCAAGUAUGACUACAAGGUUGGCGGAUUUGAAAGAUGGCCAGAAGGUCUCGAGUUCUCAUUCAGUGAGGAGCCGGAGUUGUGGGAAGAGGUCGGCAGUCUGGCGCUACGUGAUGGGGAAGUUGAGCAAAAUGGUGACACAGCAUUAGUGGUGAGGCAACAACUAGGCAUGGGACAUUUGGCAACCCUGCCAGAGAUAGACGUCUCUGGAACUGUGGAGCUGUGGUUUCCGGGAAGUCCAAACCUGAGACUGGCUUUGCCGCAUGACGUGGAGGCGGGCCCUUUGAAGAAGGUCGUCGUUGCAGAAGGGGCAACAGUGACAAUAGUUGGCGCAUCAAAAAUCUCAUUGGCCCGUCCUCUACGGAUUCCCUUGCCUCCAAUCGAUUCUCCAGAGGAACUGGUCGCAGCAGAUGUAGCUCUGCUUUUGAGGACCGCCGCAAGUCGGUCUGAGAAGCCUGUGGUCAGCCUAGUUGUGGUGGGGGCAACCGCUCUUGUGUCAAAAAGUCCUGUCAGCGAGAAUGCAAACGCUAUCGCAGAAGCAGCAAGGCUCAAGGUGAAAAGAUUGUCAGCCGGUGCCCUUGAGUUGUCCGCUCGUGACAAUCAGAGCAAGGCCAGCUCUCGAGGAGUGGCAGCAGAAGGAUUGUGGCCCUUUCCUGGUCUUUCAACGUCUGACGACAGGAUCAUUGCCAUCGAGACAGCACUCAGGGAAUAUGCUGGCAACUCGACCACGUUCAACCUUCUGAAAGCGGAAGCGUCGGCUCUCAGACUUGUGCGGAUGCAGCUGAACCUAGAGAAGAAGCUUCCACAAUCUACAGGAUCCGGACAUGGAGUCCUGGUGGAAAGGUCUGACGAUCUUGACGAACUAGACUCGGAACAGCAAACUUGGGAAGUCGUGGUAACAAUGGGAGGGAGAAGCCAACCAGAGCUGUUCUCGGCUAGACGCAUUGGGGCUUCGGUGGGGACUGUUUCGUUGUCUUGGUCAGUAGCUACUGGUAACGGCACGUUUGUCGCCCCAGAGCCCUCCACAUUGAGUUCGGUUGGUCUUAUGGAUCUGGAUGUGUAGACGAGGACUCUAUCAACCUCCACAUUGUGCGAGAACUGUACAGAAAGAUGAGAGCUGAGAUUGAGAUACAGAUCGUUUGCCAAAUAAUUUUGUACAAUCGAAAACAGGUGGCCGUCGCUUUGGAUCAUGGUUUGCGCUCAUUUGCCCGUGUAGUUUUUUUCUGGAGUGUUUAUAAAGUGCCACGAGUGCGAGGAGUCAAUCAAGCUUCUAAGCAAUCCGGGCAGUCGACCUUCUAGCUCCGCAUGGGCGGUCGCUGUCCAAAGUCAAUGUGUAGGGCUUCUCUAGAAAUCAAUACGUAUAUCAGUACGGUCUGCACUGCGGUCCUCAAGUCCAUGUUCAAUGGAAACACACGUGAGACACUGAGCGAGCCCGGCCGCCAGGCGGAUCCUAUAGUCGUG